UGUGGCGUCUGCUCGUGAGCGACGAAUCACGAAUAUUUGAUUCUAAUUUUUACAGUGAUUCGUGAAUAAAAUAAUAUUAGUGGUAGGCCCAAUCGAUAAAAAAUGAAUAGACCUACAGUUCUACCACCUAGCAGUUCAAAUGAUAAUGGAGGGGAUGAGUUGGAAAAUCAGUUUAUAUUGAGACUCCCACCAACCUUACCAGAAUGUGCCGAAAGUUUGCGACAAACUCUGAGGACAGGUGUGAUGAAUCUGAAGGACCGCCUAAAUAUUAGAAUGGAUAAUGACAUGAGGAAAGGACAGGUUCAGUUUGACAAUUGGACUAUGUCUGCCAAGGUAUUAGAUCUUCCUUGUGUCAUGGAAUCUCAAAAAACCAUUGACAAUAAAACAUUUUACAAAGCCGCUGAUGUCAGCCAGAUAUUGAUUUGUAAAGAAGGAGAACAACAGUCAAGUAGUGAAGAAGAAACUCCUGUUAAACCAAAGAAAAAAGACCCUCAUAAGGUCGAUAAAAAAUUCCUUAUGCCUCACGGCAUAGCUCCACCAAUGAAGAAUGUUAGGAAAAGGAGAUUUCGAAAAACCCUUAAAAAGAAGUACGUUGAGGCUCCUGAAAUCGAAAAAGAAGUCAGGCGCCUACUGCGUGUUGAUAAUGAAGCGGUAAGUGUACGAUGGGAACUGAUCACAGAAGAAGAUGAAAAUAAGGUAAAGGCAGCGAAUGAAGCUGGUUUGGGAGAUGGGGCAGCAAUGACCGUCCCUCUUGCAUCUGGAACAUUCGUUAGCACACAAAACCGUGGCUUGGCCGAACACGAUAUUUUUGGUGAGGCACUAAGCGACUCAGAUGAAGAACAUGGAAGCAAGAUAAACAUUAUGGAAUCAGACUACGAAAACAGUGACGAAUCCCGUGGAUCGGGUUCGGAGUUCUAUGCAGGAAGCAACAGGGGGUCCAAUUCUAUGAUAACCCAAUUUAGUGGAGAUAUGUUUCGGGAUGACAGCAGUUCUUCUAAUCUAUCUCCACAAAAAAAGGUCAUCGACACACAAAAAGACGAUUUGCAAAAAAUGGCUGAUAAACUGAGGGAUGAAAUCCGUGAGAUCAAGAACAUGAGACAAGCUCAAGAAAACGAGCUAGCUACAAUUGAAAACGCCGCCCUCAAGCAAAGAUUUCAGAUGGCUCUUUCAAAACUAGUUGCUCAGGAACAAGAGAAAAAGGAAGAGUAUGACCAAAUCAUGUCCAUGUUAUGACGGACACCUCUGGAUAAAAGCUGAAAUGGACCAAACCUCAAGGAUAGAAAAAUCGAUGGAUCCAUCCGCUUUCAGAAUGUCUGUCGGGAUUGCAAUGGCACCUGUUUUUAUCCCUUCCAAAAUGGAUUGUCGAGUGUCGUUAAGUUGUGCUGCCAAUACACGAGCGUUUUUUUCUUCUUUA